GCAGCGCCGCCGAGCUUCGCUCCGCCAGUCAAGGCAGCGCUGCCGGGGGAGGAGCUGGGGGGGCGGCGAUGGAGCCGGGCGAGCGGAGCCGGCGGGCGGCGGCCGCUUGAACCCCCCCCACCUCCGGCAUCCCCGGUAACGGAGCCCCCAGACCCCCCGGCGCCCGGAGCCCACCCUGAGGAAUGAGCGCUUUCCAGGCAGACCUGCUCCUCCUCCUCCUCGGCGCCUUCCUCCUCAGCCACGAACUGGGGCUCCCGGGAAGAGGAUGCUGCCUAGUGCUGGGGUUCAUGUACAAGGAGAAGUACCGCAGGAUGACUGAAGGUCAGGCGUCCUCAUUCACGCAGCAGCCGCAGGACCAGGUGGUGAUCGCCGGCCAGCCCGUCACGCUGCUCUGCGCCAUCCCCGAGUACAAUGGCAUCGUCCUCUGGAUCAAAGACGGGCUGGCCCUUGGGGUGGGACGUGAUCUCUCCAGUUAUCCGCGCUACCUGGUGGUAGGAGACCAUCUGUCCGGAGAGCAUCAUUUGAAAAUCUUGCGCGCUGAUCUCCAAGAUGACGCUGUCUAUGAAUGUCAGGCCAUCCAGGCAGCCAUCCGAUCCCGACCUGCCCGGCUGACUGUUCUCGUUCCUCCAGAUGAUCCCAUCAUUAUGGGGGGCCCCAUAAUCAGCCUGAGAGCAGGAGACCCCCUCAACCUGACGUGCCACGCAGACAACGCCAAGCCAGCUGCCUCCAUCGCCUGGAUGCGCAAAGGAGAAGUCGUCAACGGAGCCACCUAUUCCAAGACGGUUCUCCGCGACGGCAAGAGGGAGAGCAUCAUGAGCACCCUUUUCCUCGCACCCUCCGACAUCGAGAACGGCGAGAGCAUCAUCUGCCGCGCCACCAACAAAGCCGUUCCCGGCGGGAAGGAGACCUCGGUCACCAUCGACAUCCAACAUCCCCCCCUGGUGAACUUGUCGGUGGAGCCGCAGCCGGUCCUGGAGGACAACACUGUCAAAUUCCACUGCUCGGCCAAGGCCAACCCCGCCGUCACCCAGUACAGGUGGGCGAAAAAAGGCCAAGUGAUCAAGGAAGCCUCUGGUGACUUCUACGAAACCAUUGUGGACCACACUUUCUUCUUUGAACCAGUCUCCUGUGAAGUCACCAAUGCGCUGGGCAGCACGAACAUCAGCAGGACCGUGGACGUCUACUUUGGGCCCCGGAUGGCGACAGAACCACAGUCCCUCCUUGUUGACCUGGGCUCUGAUGCCGUCUUCAACUGCGCCUGGACCGGGAACCCGUCCCUCACCAUCGUCUGGAUGAAGCGAGGCUCAGGCGUGGUCCUGAGCAAUGAGAACAAGCUGACCCUGAAGUCCGUCCGCCAGGAGGAUGCCGGGAAAUAUGUCUGCCGAGCCGUGGUGCCGCGUGUCGGCGCCGGGGAGCGGGAGGUGACGCUCACCGUCAAUGGGCCACCCAUCAUUUCCAGCACCCAGACGCAACACGCCCUCCACGGCCAAAAAGGGCAGAUCAAGUGCUUCAUCCGCAGCACCCCGCCACCCGACCGAAUCGCUUGGUCCUGGAAGGAGAACGUCCUGGAGUCAGGGACCUCUGGGCGCUACACGGUGGAGACGGUGAGCACGGAUGAGGGUGUCAUCUCCACGUUGACUAUCAGCAACAUCGUGCGGGCCGAUUUCCAAACCAUUUACAACUGCACCGCUUGGAACAGCUUUGGCUCCGACACCGAGAUCAUCCGGCUCAAAGAACAAGGUACGGAAAUGAAAUCAGGAGCUGGUAUUCAAGCAGAGGCCGUGCCGAUGGCCGUGAUCAUCGGGGUGGCCGUGGGGGCUGGCGUGGCCGUCCUGGUGCUCAUGGCCACCAUCGUCGCCUUCUGCUGCGCCCGCUCCCAGCGGAAUCUCAAGGGGGUGGUGUCCGCCAAGAACGACAUCCGCGUGGAGAUCGUGCACAAGGAGCCAGUGGCCGGCAGGGAGCCGGACGAGCAUCCCACCAUCAAGCAGCUCAUGCUGGAGCGGGGGGAGUUCCCGCAGGACUCGGUGCUGAAGCAGCUUGAGGUGCUCAAGGAGGAGGAGAAGGAGUUUCAGAACCUGAAGGACCCCACCAACGGCUACUACAGCGUCAACACCUUCAAGGAGCAUCACUCCACCCCCAGCAUCUCGCUGUCGGGCGUCCCGGGGGGGGGUGACCUGCGGGCCGGCGGUGUCCCCAAGCAGCGUGUCCCCACCGGGAUGUCCUUCACCAACAUCUACAGCACGCUGAGCGGGCAGAGCCGCCUCUUCGACUACGGGCAGCGGUUGGUGCUGGGGGUGGGCAGCAGCUCCAUCGAGCUGUGCGAGCGCGAGUUCCAGCGCGGCUCCAUGAGCGACAGCAGCUCCUUCCUGGACACGCAGUGUGACAGCAGCGUCAGCAGCGGUGGCGGCGGCAAGCAGGACGCCUACGUCCCCUUCGACAAGGCCAGCAAAGCCUCCGCGUCCUCCUCGCAUCACUCCCAGUCGUCGUCCCAAAAUUCCGACCCCAGCCGGCCACUUCAGAGGAGGAUGCAGACGCACGUUUGAGUGUCCCCAGAGGUUCUGGGGGUGCUCGGGGACACAUGGGACCCUCCGGGGUUGCUUGCACCCUCUAGGGACACUUGGGAUUUUCUGGGGACACUCAGGAUCCUCUGAAGAUGUUUGGGACCCUCCAGGGACACAUGGACCCUCUGGGGAUUCUCUGGACACUCUGAGGACGUUCUGGAUCCUCCAGGGGUGUUCGUGACCCUCUGGGGACACUCCGAACCCUCCGGGGAUGC